AUGGCUGGAAUGAUCCACAACAACCUGCCAGUAUUUGACAGCAAAGGUUAUGAUGAUUGGUGUGUUAAGAUGGAAGCAAUCCUUGGAUUUCAAGAAGUAGAUGAAAUUGUAAAAAAGGUUUUCAAGAACCUUCGAAAGAGGCCGUAUGAACUCCUAUGCAUGGGGGAGCAAAAAACGAUCAUGGAGUAUAUUGGGAGGAUCCAAAUUAUGGUGAAUGUUAUGAGGGCAUGUGAUAAAGUUGUGAAGGACAAGAAAAUUAUUGAGAAGAUACUUAGAACUUUAACACCACAGUACGAUCAUAUCGUUGUAGCCAUAGAAGAAUGCAAGGACCUUGAAACGAUGAGAGUGGAAGAGCUCCAGAAUUCCCUUGAAGUUCAUGAGCAAAGAUUAAUUGAAAGAAAGAAUGCAGAAAAGGGUGUGAUGCAAGGCACAAAUCAAGCAUUGCAGGCCAGAAAUAAUCAGAGCUUCAAGGGUCGUGGAGCUAGAAGGGGUAGAGGUAGAUCACGAGGUGGAUGA